CUCUAUGAAGUUAUGGUGUUCACGGGUGGCAAGGAGGAGGCAAGCACCACCAGCAAGGUACAGUUCAUUCUCACGGGAGAACGAAGUGAAACAGAUGUAAGGACUUUUGCUGACCCGGAGCGAUUAUUGUUCAAGAGAAAUGCCAUUGAUAUAUUUGUUAUGACUGUUCCCGAAUGCCUCGGUAACAUUCAGUUCCUUAGGAUCUGGCAUGACAACAGUGGCAAGGAUAGUGAAGCUUCUUGGUACCUUCGCUACAUCGUCUUCAGAGAUGUCCAGACCGGUCAGAAGUUUGAAUUUAUUGCUAACUGUUGGUUUGCUGUUGAACAUGAUGACUUCCAGAUUGAUAGACUUAUUGCUGUGGCUGGAGAGGCCCAGAAGACAGAAUUUAAACACCUUUUUGAUACAAGAUCUCACAAAAACUUAUAUGAUGGUCACCUGUGGUUUUCUGUCUUUGCUCGCCCUGCGCGCUCCAGAUUCACAAGAGUCCAGCGGAUUACUUCAUGCAUGGCUCUCCUUUACCUCUCUAUGGCUGCUAAUGCCAUGUUUUAUGGUGUUAUCCCUGAGGAACCAGGUGCUGGAGGCAUACAACUGGGACCCUUCUCCAUGUCCCCUGCUGCAAUUGGAGUGGGAAUUAUAUCAAACCUGGUCACUUUCCCUCCAACAUUCAUUAUCAUCCAGCUGUUUCGUAAAGUUUCACCAAAGUUCAAGAGAGUAUCAAGGAUCCAAAAAGCAAUGAUUAAGCAACGUGAACAGAAACGUCGUGAAUUUGAAGAGCAAAAAAAGUGGAGACUCUUAAAGGGAAAGACAGAUACUGAAGAUGAAGGUGGAAGCAGCCACAGACCUUCUGAACCAGCACACAACACAACCAAGAAAAAAGUCAAACAGUUGCCAUGGUGGAUGUUGUAUAUUGCCUGGUUGGUUGCCGUACUCACUAUUAUUGCUGGAGGGUGUUUCACCUUCUUCUAUGGAGUUUCAUUUGGUGAAGAGGAAGCUGCAAAGUGGCUCAGUGGCUUAUUUAUAUCAUUUUUCUCCUCUGUCUUAUGUACACAGCCUAUCCAGGUGUUUGCAAUGGCAAUGAUCUUCAGUGCUAUCUGCAAGAAACCCAAUGAUGAUGAGGAUGAUGCUGACAGAGAUGAGAGUGAUCCUGAGUUGGGUGAAGAUGAGGAAUGGAUGCAUGAGCUUGGAGAUGUUCACAGGAAGAAAAUGGAAUACAAGCCAGUUGAUGACAGUCAUCUCCUGGCAGCACGUGAACAAAGGAAGAAGGAGAUCAAAAUGUGGGGCGUCAUAUAUGACAUGGGUGCUUAUGCCUUCUUUAUAUGGAUAGUGAUAAUAUUGAGUCAUGGCAACCGUGACCCAAACAGCUUUCUCUUAAAGAAUGAAUUGGCUAAUAACUUCAUUUAUGCUGCUACAGAGAGCUGGACCCCUAACAUCAAUUUCCUCAAUAUCCAAAAUAAGUCAUACUUCUACCAUUGGAUGCGAGUUGUGUUUGCUGAAGAAAUCAAGAUGACUGAGAACUACAAUGGAAUUUUAAACCCUAAACAUGACAAUGAGUUGAUGCUGAACGAUGGCACCUCCCUGUUGUUGGGUUAUGCAACACUUCGCCAAGUCAGAAUUGAGGAGAGGACAUGUAAGAUACCAAGAGCAAUGAAGAAUACAGUCAAAGUCUGUCGUGGAAAAACAACACUUAUUGAUGAAGAGAAAAAAGACUUUGAUGUUAGUUGGAGACCGCUACCUGAGAAAAAGAAACCCAAAUUUGAGUACAAGUAUCGAGGGGCCUUGGAACUUGAUACUGUGCCUUUCUGGGGAAAUAUAGAUGUCUAUGGUGGUGGAGGGUACCAGGUGAAGCUGACAGGAAGAAAGGAUAAGCUUUUAGCUACCAUUGAUGGUUUAGAGAAGGACAAUUGGAUUAAUGAGAGGACUCGAGCUGUCUUCAUUGAGUUCUCUAUUUACAAUGCUCAGGUCAACCUCUUUGCUGCUUGUGCAAUUGUCCUUGAACAGGGCCCAGAAGGUGGUCUUCAUCCCUCCUUCAAGAUUGACCCCAUCAUGCUCCUGAGGUACAACGAAGGCUUCUCUCUCUUUGUGAUGAUCUGCGAAGGUGUCUUCAUUGUCUUUAUUAUUUAUUAUACAUAUCGAGAGUUCAAGGGUAUUUGCCGGGACAAACGGACUUACUGGAAGGACCCAUGGAAUUACCUGGAGCUUAUAGUCAUCUCACUAGGAUGGUCGGCUAUUGUGUUCUAUGCAAUGCG